AUGGAAACCUUUUUGCACGUCAAUGGAAAAGGGGAAUUCGACAGACAGCUUCGAAAAGCUGAAAGUGAACUUCGCCCGCCUCCUCCAAAAUCGCCACCUUCGCAUCGCCGUUCCGUCCAAAAUACUCCACCUCCACCAAAAGAGCCUUCACGACAAUCUUCCGCCACCAGCAGCCCAGAACCGUCACCAUAUGAUCAUUUAUUCCAACAGUUACAAGUGUUCGAACUAGGCGUGCACACAGAAAUGAACCUUAAAGCGACGAAGCAAAUCCUCAAACUCGCGCGAAAUCGCGAAAUUCCGCCAAAACUCAUCCUGAAAUUCGCGAAAGUGCUCUGCUCUCAUGUCCACUACGAAUGCAAACGCUCUGGCGGCGAGCUACUGUUUUUACUCGCGGAGAACAUUGGCGAACUGAUUCCAGAUUUUGUCGAUGUUGUUGUCGGAGUUUUGGAGGAGAAAAAUCGAGAGUUGAAGAUACUUCAUUAUACAGCGCUUACAGCCGCUUCCCGCUCAGCUGGGACGACGGAUCUGGUCGAUAUUCUGAUACGCAAGAUGAAAGUACCCGGCACGACGUCCAAACAAAAAGCAGAAGUUGGAAACGCGCUGACCAUGCUUCUCCUGACUUAUCCACUCGAUAGUAUCGCCGUUCAAGUCUGCCAGGGAAUCAUGCCGCUUUUGCUGAGCAACAGUCCCAAGGUCCGACAUGCGGGGGUAGAGUUGUGUGCUGCUAUUGCUUCAGUCCUCCAUGAAUCGGAGCUGGAACCGCUGCGGAAGGUCCUCACUUCUUAUGAUAUAAGAAACCACGGGCAGAGCAUUUCCGGCGAGAUUUAUGCAAGAAUAGCGAGGAAAAACCCGCCAGAAGUCGACUCUUUCGGGCUGUUAGUUUAUGGAGAGAGGCCGAGAAACGUGCGGGAAUCGACAGAUCUGAACCUAACUGGGCCGAGAAAAGGAUCUGCUGGGCGAGCCAGGUCGCAUUUUCCACAAGAUUUUUACCAGGAUCCAAACACUCGGCCGAAAAAUGGCUGGAUGACGAGCGAAGAAGAACGAAAAGAAAAAGAGAAUAAUAAUUAUCAAAAAUUUCAAGCACUCUCGGCGGCGAGUAGUUCUAGCUCCAUGCAAAAUGAUAGCUCACUUUCUUCCUCUAUGCCGGCGUCGUUCUUCAAGAAUAAUCUACCGCACAAACGGCCAUCUUCAAACGAGGUCGAUUCAAACACGCUAAAACCCACGAGGAAACCCUCCAUGCCCAGAAGCGCCAAGCCUUCGCGAAGCAACGAGCAAUACAGAGAAUACAACUCAAACACCAUUAAUUUAUCUUCAUCUUAUGCUGCCAAGCCAACAAUGCUAGAUCCUAGAGAGAGCGAAAACUCUCCACGAAAAUUGACUCCUUUGUCGCAAAAGGGAGUAAAUGUCGUUACGAAAAAUUCGAUGUUGUCGCCGGAAAUAGAAGCCCAGCUCGGCCCGAUGGCGGAUCCGAACAAUUUCUCUGCGCAUGAUCUUUUCAGCUCGUUAACUUAUGAUGGGAACAGUCCUGGUUCAGUGAGCCCAGAGCGUCCAUUCUCUCGUCCGAAGCCGUCCUCCGUCCCGCCAACGCACACAAAAUCGGACUACAGCGGGGGCGACUCCUCCCCCGAUUACACCAGCCGUGGGAAAGAAAACACGAACUCGCACCAUUCUCGCUCCCCAAUGUCUCCCUCAACUCAAAGCAGUUCGCUGCCGAGAACUCCAGAAAAUCAGCUUGAUUCAGGCACAGACAAUGAUUUGGCCCGUAGAGAAAGCAUUUCUCACAUCCGCCGCUCAGCCAGGGACAGAAGAAAGAGAAACAGGAUAGAAGAGCAAGAAAAACUGUCCAGAACCAACACCCAAGAGAGCUCUUUGGCCGGCUUCGCCCCGUCGAAUAAUCUUCCAAGAACGCCACCAAGCGGUGCUCAGCGCUCCCCAAUCCCCAACGGCGAUUCUAGCCCGCUGGAAGCUGUUGGUAGAGCCCUCUCAAAUACCUCUCUGGACAACUCUUCCGUCACAAGAUCACUUUUUUCGGAAAACAAAGAUCCGGGCAGCAAUAGAUACAAACCCGCCAAGAAAACAUCGAAGGCGAAAUUGAACUCUUCCUUUGGCGGUUCUAUAGCGGGAGUUGGCUAUGCAGACAAAUUCCAAAAAGAGCUGGACAACCGGCCGAUAAAGCCAGGAGAAACAGUUUCCGAAUCUUCCUUGCACCAACGCCCUUACGGAUUGCCGAUGCCGUAUUCAGACGAAAAUCCGUCAGAUCUCUCCCUCGAUUCUCGCAACACUCUUCCUCGGCCACCAAGAAUCACUGGCAAGAAAUCUGAACCAGUUCUUCAGCAUCGGAAUGCCAUCCCUCAUCAUCGACCUGAUUUUAACAGCUCAACCGACUUCAACGGUUCCGGUUCUUUCGGAAAAUCUCCAAGGAUUAACUCUUCUGGCUCUGGAACCGGCUCCACCGGUGGCGAAGUGACCCCCUUGAGCAGGCCCGGCAAAGAAUUCGACAAGGCCCUGGCCUACAUGAGCGACCCGGGAAUCGAGUGGAACAAGCACGUCGAAGCUCUGUCCAUCAUCAGAUCUCUCGUCCAUUUCAACCAAGAAAUUCUCCUUCCGAAAGUCUCCGAGACGACUCAACUCGUCAUCAAAAAUGUCGGUAAUUUACGGUCAAAAGUGUCCGGCUUGGCGACUGAAACGAUGCGAGAUCUUUUCCGAGUUUUGAAAAAAGCAGUGGCGCCGCAACUCGAAUCAGCAAUGAAAACGCUGUUGACGGAGGCAGGCAAGGAGAAUGCUUUUUUGAGGGAAAAGAUCGAAAGGUGUCUCGAGGAAGGAGUUCAAGCGAUGGUUGUUGAUGGUCUUGGUGGAAAAAUGCUCGCUGCACUUGCUCAACAUCAAAAAUCGAAAAAUACAGCAGUGCGAACACUGGUGGCAAGAUACACUUACGAAACCAUCCAAAAAAUGAGCCCGGGUCGAGCCUUAUCAGAGACACGUGACACGACGGAACGAGUCUAUCCGAUGAUGAUGUCGGCAGUGAUCGAUCAAUCCGACCAAGUGCGCUACUGGGGAAAGAGGAUGGUAGCGCUCUUGCAAGUUCAUGAAGAUUUUGAGCGACUUGCUGGCAAAUAUUUGAAUAAUAAUAAUACUGCAAAAUUACUAGAAGAAUCUCACAAAGUACGAACAAAAGGAAUAGGCGAAAAGCCUCAAUCAGCUCGGAGAACACUCUCCGGCCGGUCGAACACUCGUUUGCCCCCUGAUCGUCAGAAUAGCAGUCCUCUUCGAAUUACGAGUAGAUCUGGACCAGCAAGAGUCGAUGAUACGCUCAAGGACGAUCUGAAGGCGGCAAUCAGUGGGACAACGCACGAGACGAAAGUUCGAGCGCUCAAUACUGUCAGGAAUAUAAUUCGCGCUGGUGGAAGCUUAGGAAAUGAGCUGAAGCACGUGACCGACUUAGUUUGCAAAAUGCUCAAAUCUGCCGCUCCAAAUAGCUAUCAGGAAGCGCUGAACAUAGCACCAGAUCUAAUCCACUACGUCAGCGAAGAUCACGUGUCCUAUCGAAACCUUUUCCUCGCAGUCGCGGAGCGAGUCACUGCUGGAGCUGGCGGUCAUAACAAAGCUGCGUCGAAGCUGUUAGAUGACAUGUGCAACAAUGCAGAUCCAGCUGCUUUAGUGCAGCCUCUUGCCCAGCGAAUCAAAAACGCAGCCACAGGAAGACCAAAACUAACGUCAAAGUUCACCGAAAUAUUGGAAAAACUCGGAUCUAGUAAAAUGAGUACUGUACAAAAAUGGGGUCCAUUUGCGCUGUGGGAAGUAAUCCGAGAUCAUCGCUGUCGACAACAAGCAAAAUUACUAGCAGAAGUUCUGUACGAUGCAAUAGGCGAUCCUCUAUUCGACCUAGCGAGAAAAGAAAAACUAGAAUCGGAUCUGCGCGGAAUGCUCGACUACCGCUGA